AUGGCCAAGCUCGAUGCCGACCUCAAUGGAGCGCGUGACGGCGGCGACCGGGCGGCGAGGUGGCCCUCGCUCUCAUCGGCGGCGGGGGAGCCCAAGCGGCCGGCGCAGCCGCAGUUGACACAGUCGAAAUCGGUGAGCGAGACGGUGAACGGGUCUCAUCUGUACACGAUCAAGGGGUACUCGCUGUCGAAGGGAAUGGGGCCCGGGAAGUACAUCUCCAGCGACACCUUCACUGUGGGAGGCUACCAGUGGGCGAUCUACUUCUACCCGGACGGGAAGAACCCCGAGGAUGGCGCCCUGUACGUGUCGGUGUUCAUCGCCCUGGCCAGCGACGGCACCGACGUGAGGGCGCUCUUCGAACUCACCCUCCUCGACCAGAGCGGGAAGGAGAAGCACAAGGUGCACAGCCACUUCGAUCGCGCCCUCGAGAGCGGCCCUUACACGCUCAAGUACAAGGGCAGCAUGUGGUAUGUACGAUGAUCUCUUCCUUCCUUCCUUCGUUCCUUCCUUCCUUUCCCCCGCUUCCUCUGUAAAAACUCCCAAUUCUCGCGUGGAUUGCAGGGGCUACAAGCGGUUCUUCAGAAGAUCAGCGCUGGAGACGUCGGACUACAUAAAGGACGACUGUCUCGCCAUGCGCUGCACAGUUGGCGUGGUGAGGACCCGCAUGGAGGCGCCAUGGCAGUUCAGCGUCCCCGUUCCGCCGUCGGACAUGGGUCAGUGUCUGGGGAAAUUACUCGAAACCGGCCUCGGCUCCGACGUAGUCUUCAAAGUCGGGGACGAAUCUUUCAGAGCCCACAAGCUGAUACUCGCCGCCCGCUCCCCGGUGUUUCGCGCCCAGUUCUUCGGCCUCAUCGGAGACCCCAACAUCGGCUCUGUGGCUGUGGAGGACGUAGACCCCCCAGUUUUCAAGGUAAAUUCGAUGCGAAAAGCUGCAGAGAGAGAUUUUUCUUCACGGUGACGAACGCUCGCUAAACGAAGAUAGAUCCAUCUCAUCGCUGCUCUAUUAUUCCAGGCUAUGCUUCAGUAUAUCUACUCCGACCUUCUCCCCGACGCCGGUGAAGUUGGCGAAUCCCCUUCGAUGAGAACGUCCACGAUCCUGGUUCAGCAUCUGCUGGCGGCCGCAGAUCGGUACGGGCUGGAUCGGCUGAAGCUCCUCUGUGAGGAGAAACUGUGCCGGGAGAUCACUCCAGAUACGGUGGCGGCGACCUUGGCUCUGGCCGAGCAGCACCAGUGCGCUCUGCUGAAGUCCAUCUGCCUGAAAUAUGCCGCCGUUCCGGCCAACCUGGGCGGUGGGUGCCCCGCCGCCUCUAAACACUCUCAAGUAGUGCAUUUUCUUCCGGUGUUGGAAUCAUUUUUCUUCAAUGUCCUGAGGGUUUUGUGGGGUCGUUCUUUUGCUUCGUUUCCUUGCAGCGGUGAUGCAGACGGAAGGGUUCGGGUACCUGGAAGAGACCUGCCCCUCUCUGUUGUCGGACCUUCUGGAGACGAUUGCGGUGGUCGACGACGACCCCAGCCAGAUGCCCCUGAAGAGGGGCGGCAGCAGCGUCGAAGGGCUCGACCUCGCCGACGGCGUUGACUCCACCGGGCGGCGGCUGCGGCGGCGGUUGUGA